AUGACCAACCGUAAGCAGCGCGCUUUCCAUUCUCUUCAUCUUUUCCGGGUCGCAAAGCCAUCUUUCGGGCCUCCAGUCAUCGCAAUCCUCCCCAAACGUCUCCUUGUCUCUGUGCGUAACCCACGCGCUCAUACCGACCAUGCGAGACCUGGAGGCCGCCGAGACGGCGUUGAGGAUGCCGGAAGCCCCUUCGUAGGCCGAGGUGGAGUCAAUCACGACAUCGAUGGGUACGGGGGAGAUAAGAUGGGUGAAGCUGCUCGGAUCGCUGACAUCGCCGAUGACGGGGAUGACCACGUUCUGGACGAGAGUUUUGGCUUUGGCAGGGGUGCGGACGAGACCGUGAAUGGUGUAGUUGCAGAGCGGAAGAGAGACUUGACGAGAGGGAGGCCAAGGUAG